AUGACUUCAAGUGAUAAAGCCUUUUGGUCUUUCGACCGCAGACAGCCUCUCGCGAGAUCCGCCUCGGAGCCUCGCUCCUCUCGUGCUGCUGCACUGCGUGCCUCCGCACCUCCGCGAACGCCAGCGCCCGCGCGCACACCCUUGACGCCUUCCAGGCUCUCGGUGUCCGAGUACUUCGCGGCCCAACGCCUGAAGCGCGCAAGCCCCAGCUAUCCUCGAGCACCGACCCGUCAGAUCAUGGAUCUUAAGGAACUCUUUGGUGAAGAGGGCGAGGAGGACGAGUCCAUGGAGGGUUCUCCGAACCGAGGAGAUGCGUCCCCACUCACGCGACGCUCCCCGAGCCGCGGCGACGUUUCGCCCACACCGUCGACACGCCGUGAAGAAGGCUCGCCGGCCCCAGUUGGCUCUCCAAGCCGUCGCGAUCAAGAGCGCCCCGCGCGCACGUCUCCUGUGCGCUCUCCGAGCCGUCUCGCCACUGAGCGCACUGCGCCAUCGAGGGAGGAGCCGCGGCCACCGCUGCGCACUCCGAAUCCGUUCCCCGAACGCUCGUCUGGUCUCUACGAGCUGCGCGCGCUCACUGCGCCACGGUACUCACCGCCUCGUGGCAAGGACGUGCCCCUGGGACCCGUCAUCUCCAACCCCUUGGACGAGGCUCAGUCCGAGCAGGUCUCGGCGCAGGUGGCGCCCAUGCGCUCCCAGCGCCCUGAGCCGCGGCCCUUGCUGAAUCCCAGCGCUGCCGACUACGGCUUCCGGCCUCGCGAUCCCGCGGAGGCGUGUCGCCAGGCGUUCCUGCAGUCACUCGCAGUGCACGCUAUUAGGCCCGCGGCCCGUACUCCACAGGAGCUCGCUCUACGAACAUCUCUCCGAGAGCGACUCCUCACCCCACAGUCUACGACUAUCGCGGAGUAUCGCGAGCGCCGGCGGCUCCAAGCCAAGCAGAAGUCGGUGCCCGCCAUGCGGACAUACCCGGUGGUACUUAGCCCGGGGGAAGUCUCAAUUGAGUACGAAGCUCAGUUCGAGUCUUGGGCCGAGCGCAGCCGAAAGCUCAGCUCCAUGGAUGCUCUCCGAGCCAUCUUCAGUGAAGUGGGUGUUCGCAUUGAACGCAAGCUCCGCUUCGAUUUCGCGAAGCCGCAGGCCCAGUUUAGCGCUGCGCGCUUCGCUCCUUCGAGCACUCCAGCCGCUCCUUCCCGCGAGGGAGUGAGCGCUGUGGCUCAGGGCCAGCCUCGGAGCAAUGUGGCCGACCCAAUCGCUCCCCAGCUUAUUGCCGGGAAGCGCGGGACGACCGGCGUGUCUUCCUUGAGCCCUCGGAGCGCUGGUGAUCAAGCUGAUCAAAAGCGUCCACGACGUCUGGGCAGUCCUGGCGGAGGGGUACCUCAAACUCCCAUGAGUUCUCGGAGUGAGGGUACCCUCGCCAUUUCACCAGAUACUGGCUUUGACCCCGGCAUCGCCGCUUCGCCAGGAGGCGCUCCACAUGGUAAUGUAGAUUCCCAUGCUCAUCGAGCAGCGCCGGUGGAGGACGCGCCAAGCCGCCUCGCGACGUUCGACGAGUUGCACGAGACUCGGCAACAGGCGGAUCGCCUUCGGGACCGCGUCCACGACAUCGACGCGCGUCUGGCACGUUGUGCGACUGAUCUCGACAGGCUCGCUGAGCAGCUGGAGUGGCUUGGGGUGCCUUGGGAGGUCUGGGACCGACUUGGGACCUUGGAGAACGACUUCGUUCGCCUGAACGGGUGGAUGAACUACUUUCGUGACCGCGAAGAGCGACACGCUCGAGAGUUCGCGGAGCUACAGCGGCACCAGGCUGUGCUCCAGGGCCAGCUCGAAUUCCUGGUCCGCAUGCAGGCCUCGCCUGCUGCGCCUCCUGCGCUUGUGGCUCCUGCAGUGUCCGUGGCACUCCCGCCUGUGCCUGCGGUGCCCGCGUCGAUGGUCGCGUCUUCGACGCCGGUGACUGCGUCCUCGACGACCGCGACCUCCGCGCCUGUGACCUCAUCACCCUCGGUGCCUCCAUCUGCACCUGCAUCGGGUCCUGGUACGGCUUGA